AUGGCUUCUCUUAAUAGUGGCUCUGUGAGAUCGCUAUAUCCAAAAGGGCCAAGUUUUACAUUGGAGAACUUUUCAAAUAAGGACUUCAUCGUGCGAGAUUUUGUGGAAGAGUUGUCCGAAAGUGCAAUCCCGAUAAAUAGGCGUUCUGGACCAGCUCAACCUGCUUUCGAUCCAAAGCCAUUCAUAAGGACAUUCGAAAAUGCAUUACAACAACUUGCAACACUCUCAGACGAUUUAGAGGAAAAGGAAACGGACCUCCUCACAUCUGUUCGACGGGCUGAGGUACAACAUGAUCAAACAUUAGAUACUUUAGGGCGCAAACUGGAUGAGUCAAUUGACUCUUUUGAAUCGCUCGAUAUAGCACUCAACAAUCCUACUGGUACGAAUGGCGCAAAUACGGAUCGUUAUGGUCGGCCGGAGGCGGGGGGUAAUAUUGCGGUCCAAAUUGGAGAAAGGCUGGAGGACCUAGAUAAGCAGAGACGACGUGCGAUGGAUGCCAACUUUUUAAUACAAUGCUGGAUAGAAGUUAGCGAAAACGGAUCACUCAUAUCUUUAGAGGAUAUGAUUAGACGGCAAGGUGGAGGGGAAAACAAGGUUAGAUCUGCUGUCAUUGCCAGGCAGCUCAUGCGCAUGAGCCAGAGACUGGAUCCGGCAUCUUGGGCCAAUGGUUCGAAAAAGGUCAACGGAGUUACCAAUGGUGUUGUUGGACACAAAGGUCAUAAUACGAGGGAAAUUAUAGAGAAGUUCUCGGAGACUUUGGAAAAAGACCUGUUGAAACAGUUUGAUAACAGUUAUCGACGGCAGAACUUCGACGAUAUGCUCGAGUGUGCAAAGGUCCUACAUGACUUCAACGGUGGAUCUAGUGUCAUUGGUACAUUUGUUAAUCAGCAUCAAUUCUUCAUCGACAGAAGUCAACUCAUUGCAGAAGAAGUUACAACCGACAAUGAGACAUGGGAAAUUUUGGCCGACCCUGACUCUGAACCUCCGGGAGUCGAACCUAGCUUGCAGUCACUUAUUGACGAAAUCAGAGCUGUCAUGCAAGAGGAAUCUUUCAUUAUUAAGCGGGCGUUUCCAUUCUAUGAGGUUGUCCUCAUCAAAUUUAUCCAACGCAUAUUUCAGCAAUCUAUUCAGCAGCGUCUAGAGAUGGUUCUUGAAAAGGCGGAUACUAUUUCUUCUCUAGCCUUCCUCAGGUCACUACAUGCCUCGAGGACUUAUAUUAAUAGCUUAAUCGAAGACCUUAAAGCACAUGGUCUCACGGAGCAUCCCGAACCUUGUACAGCUCAAACCGCACAAAGUCUAGAUCAGCAAUUAGAUGAAUUAUUCGUCCCAUAUCUGGUUGGGAAUUCGUACAUUGAUCGAGAGAGGAAAAGUCUUGAAGAACUCUUUUCUUCAUUACUCUUCAAGUUCACUAUCUACCACUCACGGCGAAAGAAGGUUCCAACAGGUUUUAUGGCUUCUUUGGCCCAACAGGGUAGUCAACUUUUAUCGUCGGCGAAGGAUGCGUACAUCGAUCGUCUUGACUCAUCGGAGCUUACCCCCACUCAGAAGGCUAUGAUGUUACGUGUUGCUGGACUUAGGGAUCUUGAUAAUAAUAAGAACGAGAUUGAAGUUACAGACGAAGACGGUGUGAUCAGUGUCGCAAAUGCUAAACGUAUGCUUAAGUGGCUUGCAGAAGGUGUGCGCCGAGCUUUGGAGAUGGGAAGUGGAAGUGACACACCUAAAGAUGUCUCAGCUCUUCUGAAUCUCCUACUGAGUAGCAUGGGUGAGGUGUAUAUCGAAACAGCUCUUGAGGCUGCUGCCGAUCAAGCUGCCGCUCAAGAGAACGUCAAGACUGAGCCUGAUUUGGCCUACCUUCCUUCGGUGCAGCCGGCUGUCAUCAUCACAAACGUUAUGUCACGCUUCAUCAAUACAGUACUCAUACGACUUGCAGAAUCAAAUACCACAGUUCGACGUGCAAUGGAGUCACAAACCAAAACAAGUGUGGAGAGAAUUGAAAAGAAGGCCAAUGAUAUCAUGCGCAGUACCAUUACAGUGGUACUGAACUGGAUGACAAGGUUGUUGGCAAAUCAGAAGAAAACAGAUUUUCGACCGAAGGAUAGUGAUCUUGGAUCGAUUGAAACUUUACAAACUGCGACCUGUCUAGCUAUUUGCAACCUCCUCCAGCGUGUGGCUAAACUCGCCGCGCAAGCUGUCGAUGGACAAAACCUUGAGGCGUUCAGCUGUGAUCUCGCGAUCAGCAUUCGAGACAUGCUAUUCGAACACUUCAAAAAGUUUCAAGUGAAUGCCACUGGUGCUUUGAUGGUUACAAAAGACAUUUCAAGCUAUGUGUCCGCUCUGAAAGACUGGCCAUUAACGAAAGAUAUCACUAGUGAAGUUGAGGUCCUCAUCGACAUUGGUAAUUUGUUCAUCGUUGGGGCAGAAGCUCUCAAAGAAAAAUCGAGAGCUGUACUUGCUAGUGGGGCCAGCAAGAAGUUGCAAAAGGCAGACUUCAAAGCUUUUGUAUUGAAGAGAGACGAUUCAGGAAGCGUGGGAGUUCAAAGUGUGCUUGCAGGAUUAUGA